CGCGCCGGCUAUGCCUUAUCCUUUUACCCCACAUCCACAUUAUGUCCAAUCUAUAUCUCCGUCUCAUCUCACUGCAAUCUCUUGCAUUUCUCACUUUCUCUUUUGCACACUCUCUCGCCCUUCUUCUCAUACGCUAACGCGUUCUCACGCUCCCUCUCGCGGAACCCUACCUACGAUCGUUACACCGCUGAGCUUUCGCUCACCAGUUCCGCGCCUCUUGCUACUCCAAGCUCAUCUCCGACACUCCACGCCCCUUCACAUGUCGCUUACCUCCCUCCCCCUGCCAUCGUUUGCUGAGGUCUACACCGCCUCGGCCGACACUGUCCUUUCCGCAGCCCGCUCUGCAACGGAAUGGCCGUUUGGCUGGCUCAACACACUCCACCGGAACAUCAUCGCCAACGCCGUGGGCUUCACGCCCCUGCGUGUCGCCCGGUACCUCGCCCCCAUCGCGCUCCUGUAUGCCCAGUGCUACCUCCUCUUCGAACCUGGAACGCGGUACACGCGCGUCGCGCUCGGCGCCGCCUGCCUCAUCGGCAUGUGGUCCGCCUGGACGAGCACGCGCUUCACGAACCCGUGGUUCAACGCGUGGAACCACGUCGUGACCAUGCCCUACCUCCAGUUCAUGUUCAAGACGAUCGAGUUUGCAUGCCUCAAGGGCCCAAUCCGCGACCCCUGCAGCCCGCGGCGCAGCCGUGCUGCGUGGGACCUGCUCGUUAACAGCCGCAUGAUUGGUCUCGGCAACGUCGGCCUCGACGUCAGCCCGGGUGUCUCGAAUGCCAAAGUGCCGCCCGACUACGUUGAGCGCCACCUGCAGAACUGCCUGGGUCCGCGCCCCUCUUCGCGCGCCGGCAGCGUCGCGAGGCAUGCGGCAUACGCUGCCGCCCUGUAUGUCGGGAUGGAUGCGUGCUUCUCGUUUAUGCGCCGUGCCGACCCCGUUUUCCAGCAGCCGUAUGGCGGCAGCAACGUCCUCGACACCUUCAUCUACGGCAACCGCUUCAUCGCGCUUCCCGGCCUGCUCGAUGUGCCUGUGCCCAACUAUGUCGUCAAGAUCAUCAUUCAGCUCGCGAUCCUCGUGGUCAUCUGGAUGGCGUUCGAGGGGCUGUACCAGCUGUUUGCGGCCGUGCAUGUCGCCCUCGGUGCGCCCGUCAAGGCGUGGGAUCCCAACAUUUUCGGCGCGCCCUGGAAGUCGGACUCGCUUAUCGACCUCUGGGGCAAGCGCUGGCACCAAACCUUCCGCCACAUGUUCAUCGUCACCGCGACGGUCGUGCUCCGCGCCCUUGGCAUGCCCGUCAACGGCCGCAGCCUCUUUUUCAUGACGUUCUUCUUCAGCGGCCUCCUUCACACCCUCUCCGAGAUGUGCAUGGACCCCGUCGGGUCGCCGGGGAGACUCGUUCUCUUCUUCAUGCUCGCUGGCGCCGGGUGUGCCGCCGAGCAGAGCUUCAAGAGCAUCACGGGGCGCAAAGUGCGGGGCACUUGGGGCCGCAUCUUUGGAUGGGGAUAUAUGACGGCUAUCGCUCCUGUCAUUUCUGUGCCAUGGCUCAACUCGGGCUACGGCGGCAACCGCGUCCUCCCUGCCGGAGGGCCGGGCGACUACAUCGCCGCGAUGUUCCUUGAGUACGGCCUCAAGAUCCAGAAGGCCUAAGAAGUUUCCUGUGGAGCUUGAAGGCCUUGUGUAUAAUUGUAGAAUAGCAUUUAAUCAUCACAUGUAGACCAGAGUAUUCGUUUUCCAUCACGUUGAAAGUGAUUGCAUCGUUAGCAUACGAGCGUGAGCGGCG